UUAUCACUACACAGUAUUGAGUAUACCAGCUUCAGCCCUACAACUUCUUCUCUAUAUUCUUCACACUUCCCUCACCCCACGAAUGACGAAAGACGUCGAAUCUCAUGUGGAGCCAGCGGAGGAAUACUCCGCCAAGGACUACCAUGAUCCGCCACCGGCGCCUCUCAUUGAUUUUGAUGAGCUGAGCAGCUGGUCGUUUUACAGAGCACUUAUUGCUGAGUUCGUUGCCACUUUGCUGUUCCUUUACGUCACAGUUUUGACCGUUAUAGGCUACAAAAGCCAGAUUGACCCAGCUCACGGCGGCGACGACUGCGGCGGCGUUGGGAUUCUUGGCAUUGCAUGGGCUUUCGGCGGCAUGAUUUUCAUUCUUGUCUACUGCACCGCCGGUAUCUCUGGAGGACAUAUUAACCCAGCAGUGACAUUCGGGCUGUUCUUGGGAAGAAAGGUGUCACUGAUCAGAGCAGUGCUUUACAUGGUAGCACAAUGUUUGGGUGCAAUCUGUGGUGUGGGAUUGGUGAAAGCAUUCCAAAAAUCGUACUAUCAUAAGUAUGGUGGUGGAGCAAAUGAACUUGCUCCAGGGUACAACAAAGGGGUUGGUUUGGGUGCUGAAAUUAUUGGCACCUUUGUUUUGGUCUACACCGUUUUCUCAGCCACUGAUCCUAAGAGGAAUGCCAGAGACUCCCAUGUCCCUGUCUUGGCUCCACUUCCCAUCGGAUUUGCUGUGUUCAUGGUUCACCUUGCCACCAUCCCCAUCACCGGAACUGGCAUCAACCCUGCUAGGAGCUUUGGAGCUGCUGUCAUCUACAACGAAGACAAGCCCUGGGAUGACCAUUGGAUUUUUUGGGUUGGACCAUUCGUUGGAGCUCUAAUUGCUGCAAUCUACCACCAAUACAUCCUAAGGGCAGGAGCCAUCAAGGCACUGGGUUCUUUCAGGAGCAACGCUUAAGACAAUUGUGCAUUUGUUUGAUGAUUCAUUCUCACAAGUACACGAAAGUGGAGAGGACCUUGAAAACUGCACAUGAAUUCCCUGUGGAUAUAGGGUUUCUUUAAUUUUUAUUCCCAUCAUUUCCCUUUUCCUCUUGUUUUGGAUGUAUUUAAGUUGUGUUGUAUCUUCUCCCUUUUUCUCUCCUUUUAGGUGCUGCUCUAUCUAUGAUGUAACUCUUCGUAAAUAAGUAUAAUGGUUUGUGCUCCCUUCUCUC